AUGGUCACUCAACUCUUUCUGCUUUCCUUCAUGACCCAAAUGAGUGUCCAUGCCUUUUCGGUCAUUUCAUUAUCCUCUAAUACCCAUCAGAACAUCACAAUGGCAGCAAUAUUACAGAAAUCAGCCGAGGUCUGCUCGACCGUUGCUUCGCAAAAGGGAUUAAAGUUUGUUCAGCCAAACCCCCUCACUGUAGUGUCUCUGACAGCAGCCUGCCUGUCCCCUGCCUCAGCUGUCUCACUAAUGUCCGCCAUCGUUACUAUAAGCCUGAAUAACGCACAGGUGGACCUAAGGCAUGUCUUUGAUCCCGAGUACCAUUUUGAUAAUGAGAGGUUUGUGCAAGCACACAAACUCCUCAAAGACGGAGUAUCUGCAGUGAAGACCUCACUCCUACAGAAGAACUACCACUUAGCAAGGCAACUACUGGGAAAAACACUGCACACACUACAGGAUUUCUACAGUCACAGUAACUGGAUAGAACUGGGAAACAGAUCCCCAUACCAAAGCCUUAUUCAAGCAAACCUCCCUAUAGACAACAUUGCUGAUGUCAACACCCCAACUUGCAACAGCUGUGUUGACAACUGCACAGACAACAUUCUGCAGACAAUCCUCACCCAGAAGAAACUCACCUCAGGAUAUUUCGACCUGAUCAGCUCCUACAAACCCUUUGGAAAGUGCAGCCAUGGAGGGAGAGCAGACCGCACAAGUUCCGUGGAGCCCAAAGGGGGCAUCAACAAGGACAGCCUCAGCUCCCCACAUGGCAGCCUCCACUUUGUGGCAGCAGACGUUGCUAAGGCAGCCACUAGGGACCUCCUGCAGGACAUUAGAGAAGCAGCAGGGGACAGAGAAUUUCUGAGACUGAUGGGCAUCCUUCAGUCAUCCCCAGCCCUUUGUUUCGUGAUUGACACCGCAGUGAGUAUGGCAAAUGUUAUCACUGAAGUUACACGUGUCAUUUCCUUCAUCACUGACAGCAGACGAGGCACCAUGAAUGAACCUUCAGCCUACAUCCUGGUCACAUUCAAUGACUCAGAGUUUGGACCACUGAAUAAAACAACAGACCCUGAUGUUUUCAAAGCAACAGUCAAUGCCCUUUCAACCAGUGGAGGAGGAUAUGGCCCUGAAAUGAGUCUUUCUGCACUUUGGCUCGCUCUAGCAGCUGCACCUGCAAGGUCUACGAUCUUUCUUUUCACCAGUGCAGAAGCAAAAGAUGUUGAGUUGAAAAGCACAGUUCUCGCAUUGAUUGAGACCAUGAAGUUCCAAGUGAACUUUAUACUGACCAGUGCUCUGAGCAACACUAGAAAGGGCCUCUCGAAUCCAGUGAACCAGCUCUAUGAGGACAUAGCUCUGGCCUCUGGAGGAGAAGUCAUCGAAGUCACCAAAGAGCUCCUUCCCAACGCCACCAUCAUUUUGUCCAACUCCUCCAACUCUGUUCUGGUGACCAUAUUUCAGGUUGCGAGAAACCCUGGGAUAGCAGAAAACUCCUUUUUGGUGGACUCCACUGUCCGAAACCUGACUUUUUACAUAACGGCAAAUUCAACAAAUUUCACCAUCAUUUCUCCCUCUGGACAGUCCCAGACAAGUCAGGAGGCCAACGGUCCACUGGGCCUGAUUCUCACUGUCAGAAACCUCUACAUAGUGCAACUCGAGAACUCCACCCAAGCAGGAAUCUGGAUGCUCAUCAUCAAAUCAUCUCAGUUCUACACUCUCAAAGUUACUGGUCAAAGUGCAACAAACUUCCUGUUUGAUUUCGUGACAGUGUUCCAGAACCCCCACCCAGGCUACACUGUGAUUAACAGCAGACCACCUGCUGAUGGAAACAUCACCCUGCUGCUCUCCAUGGUUGGCUCGGAUUUGGAGAAGCCUCUAGUGGUUGCUCUGGUUGAGGCAUCAGACUUCACAGUCCACACAGGCAGUCUGCAGGACACUGGCGAUGGGGACUAUUUGGUAACAGUGAGCACAGUGCCAAAGAGAGAAUUUUACAUCUUAGUCUUGGGACAGACCAACUCUUCAUCAACUUCAGAUAAUAUCCCAUUCCAGAGGCAAUCCUCCGGCCUUUACAGAACCUCCAACAUUACCGUCACUGCUGUGGAAAAUGGCACCUUGGCUCCUGGGGCAUUGUACACACUUCCUUUCACUGUGGAAAUGAGGAGCACUUGGCAGAACUAUAUCAUCACUGCCAGGAACAGCCUCCAGUACAAAAUGACCUUUCCCAGUUCCCUGACAGCAGGGGGCGACGGUAUUGCCAUCGGCACUGUGAACCUUACUGCCCCGAGCAACGCUACGUCUGGCACAGAGGUGAUCCUCACCAUCGAGGCAGCACUGCCGGGAGGAAAUGACUCCAACUAUGUUGUUCUGAGCCUUGCUGUAUCCAGGGGAGUUGUGCCCUCUGCUAGUCUUGUUCUUAGUCUGUGGCUUAGUGGUGCAGCUCUGUUUGUCAGUCUCUUAAUCAAUAAUCAGAUAUAGUACGAAUACUGGGAUCUUUGGUUUCAUAAGAAGAUUUUUGAUUGAAAGUAAUGGCACCUAUGCUAAGCAACUCUGACACUCUCUGUUCCAUUUUGGGGGUUUGGUUUUCUCUUUGUUUGUUUUUUUAUAAUUACUAUAAGACACAUGGAACAACAGUCCAGACGUCUGCUUUUGUUUCCGUGUUUGUCGACCAGGUGACUUGAUUCAGAAAGCAUUCUGUCACUGAUUUUGAGAAUGUAACAAUUAUGUCAUAUAAUCAAGUCUUUGUCCAUUUUUAUCCUGUAUGAUCAAGUCUCAACAAAUUUUUUACUACUAUAAAUUACCAAUUAUAUAAGGCUUGCAUUUUGUAGAUAAGGCAUGUUUUUUGUAGCCCUACUGGCAUCUUUUGAUAUAGGCAUUUACCAUCAAAUAUCAAAGUGUUUUAUGUUCUGCUGUAGAAGAAUAAAGGUAUG